GAUGGCAGUCUGACAACAUCGCGUGGGAGUGUAGCUGCUUACAGCAAGAUCGUAAUUGUCGAAAGUAAAGUUUUUGGUCGAAAAUUACCUUUCUGCUUGGGGCAGUGAUCAAAAUUUGUCGUUCGUGAUACCUAUGGCUUGUCUAAAUACAUUGAAACAGGAAAUUCGGACUUUAGAGGACAUUUUCGGUAAACACCAUGAACGAUUUCAAAUUGUCUCCGCCAGUGUCGACGAAUUGAGCUGUAGAUUUAUAGGAAAAUCGGGGAAAAAGUACAUCAUCCAUGCGAAUAUAACGGAAACAUAUCCGGCUGUGCCGCCGGUCUGGUUUGCGGAUUCAGAAGAAACGAGCAUAACAAAUGCUGUCCAAAUACUGAGCAACACCGAGGGUCUGGACAAUCAUGUCUUACAUCAGGUUAUUAUUUUGCUGAAAGAACUAUGUAGACUGCACGCCGUUUCCGAGCCACCCGACCUGGAUCGCCUCAGAUUAAACGAUCAGCAAGAAAUCGCAGAUAGGAUUAGUAAUAGUGGCAUUGAUCAAAUGGAGGAUGAGGGUCUGGAUAGUGACGCUGAUGCUCAGGAUUCUGAUGGCAUGACGGUUGAUGAUGAUAGUGAUGAUGGUGAUGAUGAAGAUCUAGGAAUGGAUAUGGAAGAAGGUUCAAAUCCACGACAAAAAUGCGAUGAAAUGGGCGUCGAGCAUCUAGCGACACUUGAGAGACUUCGACAAAAUCAAAGGCAGGAUUAUUUAAAAGGCGCAGUAACCGGAUCGGUACAGGCAACGGACAGACUAAUGAAAGAACUGAGAGACAUCUAUCGUUCCGAAUCCUUCAAAAACAAAAUGUACCAAAUUGAGUUGAUCAAUGAUUCGCUCUACGAAUGGAACGUCAGACUAAUGGCCGUCGAUCCCGAUAGUCCACUGUCCCACGAUCUUCAGAUGCUCAAAGAAAAAGAGGGAAAAGACUGCAUUCUGCUGAAUAUGCUAUUCAAAGACACUUACCCUUUUGAACCUCCAUUUGUUCGAGUAGUUCAUCCAAUUAUAUCAGGAGGAUAUGUCCUGGUUGGUGGAGCUAUUUGUAUGGAACUCUUGACGAAGCAAGGUUGGUCCAGUGCUUACACCGUCGAGGCAGUUAUAAUGCAGAUAUCAGCAACAUUGGUGAAAGGGAAGGCCAGGAUACAGUUUGGCCCAACAAAAGUGUGCACCCAAGGCCAGUACAGCCUGGCCAGAGCACAGCAAAGUUUCAAAAGUCUGGUACAAAUCCAUGAAAAGAAUGGUUGGUUUACACCUCCCAAGGAAGACGGUUAAAAAUCGAUUUUGUGCCAAUUAACCAUUUUCUGUUAAAUACAUUUUGUCUGCACUAUUAAUUUUAUUGGACUUUGUUAAUCUUCGAUUAGAUGCCUGCAAGUUACAAACAAGCCGUUCAUCAUAAACCGUCAGCUGUUGUUUGAAGGUACGCAUCUCGUCGACUGGUAGUGGCUGCGUUCCAUCAAAAUAUCAGUCGAUUGAGCUCAAUAGACUUCCGAGCAAAUUACUGGAGCCGCAACAUCUACCUGCUAACAUUCAAACUUCCGGGAUUGUGAGCAAAAGUGUAAGAUUGAGCUGAGGAAUUUUUUACCUAAGCUACUAGUCUGAUAACGUAUAAAACACUGGCCGACGCUCGAACCGCGCUGUAGCACUCGACUUUUGUGAUUUAUUUUUUUGCAAUGUUUAGUUUGUUUGUUGAAAGUAAAUAGCUAUCUGCAAUGGAAACGGAGAACUAAUCUUCGAAAUUAAAUACCUUUUCUAAUGCAGUUUGAUUUUAGUUAUCUAGAACUAUAUUAAUUUCUGACCACAUUGGGUUUAAGAAUCUUUGGGAAUUGAAACCUUUGUUUCAAACUAUGUGCUACUCGUUCGCAAAUACGAAACACUUCACACACCGUGAAAGUGUUCAGUGCUAUUUGAAUUGAACUUUUUUUGCAUGCGGAAAUUCUCCUCUUUAACGAACGAACGGGAGCAGUUCCGAUGUACAAAAGCCCCGAUUUACUGCUUUAAACUUACUCUUUAUAUUGGGUAUAGCCUGUUCUUGUCAUUGAAAGUUUGUGCAUCCACUAGUGUUUUAAACCCUCUGGGUAAAAAUUGUAUAUUGAUGUUUGCGCUCCGGCAAAAACAUAAAUUUACCUAAAAUAUUAACUGUUUGGUGACUUUUUUUCGAUUCCCCGCUACCAUCUACUUUAGUACCAGUAUUGGAAAUUUCACCUAAUUUAUUCCGAUAGUUGUAACUAUGUUUAUGCGUAUUUAUGUAACAUUGCAAGUUUAUGUUGAAUUCACUCGUUUUCAUAAGCAAGACUAUAAUUUCCGAUAGUGUCAUAAUGUUUAUUGUGAAUAAUUGAUAGUCAACUGAUAGCUCUUAACAAUUAGUUAAAGUCGUGUACCCCACAGAGUCAAGAGCGCCUUUUCUAGAACAUGAUUGCCUUAUUACGCCUGAUUGCCGUUCUUGGUUUGUGGGGCACGGUUUACUUGUAAACAAUAUAAUAUUCAGGCACUCACACGCACACAGACAAAGAAACAUCUUUACCUGUUUUCGUUUAUCAUCUCAAUGUAAAGUUUAUCAAAAAACCAACUUUGGUUGCUUAAGAUGCUUCCAGACCUAACAAGCCGAGCCUGAGCGGCGUCAAAUUCCUUUGUAGUCCACACUUUAAAAGGUCUGUUUGGGCCCCUAAAUUGAUGAAGGUAAAAUGUUAUUGGAUAUAAUAAUAAUAAGAAUAUUAAGUGGUUCGGAAUAUUGGGACAAUAGUUUGAGCCCGAUUUCCGACUGGAGAACAUUGUGGGAAGAAUAUCUCUGAAGGUUUAUUUCACUCGUAAAGAGUUAUACUACAACUUACAAUAAAGGAAAAGUUGAUUAAUAAACGGUAAAUUGCUUAAACAUUAACAUUUUCAUAAAAGUUGUUGAUAAACCAUUUCAGAUUCGAGCGCGGUUCACAUAAAUUCCUCAUUUUCAACUUAAUGUUUAAACACUUUACCAUUCAGUAAUGAAGUUUUCCUUUAUUGUACGUUGCAGCAUAACUCUUUACGAGUAAAAUAUAGCCUCAUAGAAGUCUCUCCUACGUCUGAAGAAAAGCUUCAUAGAAGAUAAUUUAGAAUCGGGCCAGAGCCCUUUUUACAUAAAAAAUGGAAAUGAACAGAAAGUUAUGAAUAUUUUAAGCUAAAAAGACAACAAACCCCUUCAAAAAAGGUAUAGUGGGACUUUUUUUGAAGCAAAACUAAAGUAUAAAAAAAUAAACGCAAAAAUUGGCGGUUUUUUCGCCUUUUAAGGAAAUAAAUGAACGGAUUUAAUUUUAAUAAGGUAUUUUUAAUACUUGAAAAAAAAAAACGAAACUUUUCAGUAGCAUCAACGGUUCAAAAGUUAUGCGUAAAAAUGGGUUUUUGGACUUUCUUUAAUAAUUUAAACAAUGUUUGAUUUUACCGCGGCUCAGGCUCGGCUAGUCAGUUCUGGACGCACCAUAAGGGCUGGGAAGUCACAAUUUUAAAAUAAUCUUUGGUUUACGGUUGUGAAACCAACCACUUUUUGUGGAUCAUUUAUUGCAUAUUUCUCUACAGUUUCGUAACAGAAAUUUUGGCGAAAUUAUUGGGGCAUUUUGCGACCUUGCCAGUGCAUCUGUAGGGGAAACUGCCCAUGAUUUAUAUUCGUUACUUUAUUAAAUCAGCCUCAAAAAUGCGCAUUCUUUAUGUUGACAUUUUAAGCGAAAUGUUGUUUGUGUGACUUUUUCCUGGCUUUCCAAUAGCCUAGUUUUAAAAUGUGAUUUCUUUAAAUUUCAGUUUAUAUUUAAUUAAUACCGUGAACUUACAACAGUUUUUAAAAAGUUUUGGCAUUAAAUUGUUAGGGCAACCAGCUCCAGGUCCAAACCGUUUAUUUUCAAUAGAAACUUCGACAUUUUUGUGUUGCGGAUAGCACUUAAGGCAAACAAGCCACUAAUUUAAUUGACACCGGUCUUCAAAAGUUAUUAUUUGGUCGUACAUAUUUGAUUUGUUAUUUAAUUAAGUACUCAUAAUAUUAAAACUAGAGUUACUUGCUUAUUUGUUACUGUGUACAAUCUUUUUAAGCAUAGUAGUUAAUUCUUAAUCUCAUUUUUAGUUUAUGUUAAACUUCCCUUUAAUUUAACUUCAAAUGCUGCAAUUUCGUUUCACAUGAUCAACUAACUAUUUUCGGAGUUGAUUGCGUGUUGACUGUAUUGUUUGAUACGAUGCAGUUUCUUAGCUGUUGGAUUUCAUUGUACAUAAACAACUUUUUUUGUAUUUCCUUGCUGUACUCGUUUUUCUCUUUACGCAUUGUGAGUAUUUCCUUUUAAUUCAUAAGGCAAAUAAAUUACUUUAAUUUAA